CUAUUUUACAUUUUAUGAUUUUUUUAGCUGCAGGAUACAAACUGAUCAGGUCAUACAAAACUGAUGCCAAUGAAAAGGACAAACUGAACGAUAUAACUCAUCUCGUAUUUGUGAUUCAUGGAAUUGGUCAUAAAAUAGAUAAUAAAAAAAUAAUAAAAAAUACUUCACAAUUUCGCGAUUGCGUUAAAUGGAUCAAACAUAAAUAUUUCCAAGGUACUGAACAGAGGGCAGAGUUUUUUCCUGUGGACUGGAGAUCACAGUGUAGUUUUGACGGAGGGUUAGUUGAACAGAUAACACCAUUAAAUUUGAAAAAAAUACGGCAAAUAUUAAAUUCAUCAGCUAUGGAUAUCAUGUACUACACUUCUCCUAUAUAUGGUCGGGAAAUACAAAACAGUUUGGCAAACGAGCUGAAUAGGCUACAUUCAGAAUUUGUAGAACGGCACCCACACCAUGACUUCAAAGUGUCAAUAAUGGCACACUCUUUGGGUAGUGUAAUUUCAUAUGAUAUUAUAACCGGAUGGGAACCAUUUAUUAAACGGAGUGACAGUAGUCCAAGAAUACAUUUAAAUUUUGAGUUGGAGAAUUUCUUCUGCUUGGGUUCACCAUUGUCAGUGUUUUUGGCAUUACGUCAAAAUGAAAUAUUCAAAGAAAACUUAAACUUGUUCCCAAUGUGGUUGGCCAAAAAAGUAUAUAAUAUUUACCAUCCUACAGAUCCUGUUGCUUACAGGUUUGAACCAUUAGUUGCAAAAGAUUAUUGUCGCUAUAAACCUGUUGGUAUUCAGGCCCAUGGUAUCAAAUGUGAUUACUCUGAAGUUCCUUUAGAACUAAUUGGAAACAUAGAUACUAGCUUUGAAGAGACUAAUGAAACGUUCAUUCGUAGAAUUCGUAGAAUAAGUACUUGGCUUAAUAAUAUGUUAAGCAGCAAUGAUAGUAAAGCCAAUAGUUCAAAUCAGUUUGAAAUUAAUACCUGUCCACUAUCAAGAAAUAGUACUCCAGUUGAAAAUUUGAAUCACCGGUUAGAUUAUAUAUUGAGAGAUAGUAUCGGAGGAUCGGCCAGUAAUUAUUUGUCAAUGUUGUAUACACAUACGUCAUAUUGGUCAAACUACGACGUAGCAUAUUUCAUUUACACUAGGUAAUUCCCCGAACUAGAUAAGACAAUGGAAGAUUUUCUAAAACCUGAAGAGAAAAUCCCCAAUUUUGAC